AAGGCUCUACUAAUGGAACAUGAAAAAUGGAUUGUGUUGAUGUUUUACACGUAUUCCGCAACUCGCAUUUCCAAUGACGCUCUCCAACCCGCCGUUCAUGCUGUGGGCGUCUCCGCCAGAUGUUUUAUUCGUAUUACUUUUAGCUAACAGUUUUAUUCUUUAAGUUUUUAGAUUUUUUCGUUUGUAUUUCACUCUGUACCUGCCAUGACCGUGGAGCAGAAUGUCCUUCAACAUCAUUCUCAGAAGUAUCAGCAGGUGCUCCUGAAUCAGCUGAGAGAUGCGACGGGCACCACGGACACGCAGCGUCUGCAGCACGCUUUACAGGCCUGCAACGGCGACCUAACCAAAGCGGUGGCCCUCCUCGUGGCCAACAACGGCAGGGUCCUCCCGCAGAACGAAUCUGCGUACUUCCUGACGGCGCAGAUGGACGCAGGGAGCCACGCCGAAUCAAGCGAUGACAAGGACGAGCUCCAGAAGGCCUUGGCGCUCAGCCUGAGCGAAUCCAGCGAGGCCUUCCGAGAGACGGGCGUCUCCGAGGAGGAGCAGGCCAUCAGCAGGGUCCUGGAGGCCAGCCUAGAGGCGAACAAGCAGUCUCAGAGCACACCGUGGAGCGAGCUGCCCAACCCCCACGACAGGAAGCGGCAGGACUCCUGCCCCGUGGGCCUGAAGAACGUGGGGAACACCUGCUGGUUCAGCGCUGUCAUCCAGUCUCUCUUCCACCUGCUGGAGUUCCAGAGGCUGGUGCUGCUGUACGCGCCUCCGGAACGUUCCGGGGACCUGCCGCGCAACCAGCAGGAGAGCCAGAGCGUGCUGUUCGUGCGGGAGCUCCGGCGGCUGUUCGCCCUCAUGCUGGCGUCCAAGCGCAAGUACGUGGACCCGUCCCGGGCCCUGGAGAUCCUCAACACGGCCUUCAAGUCCAGCGGGGCGCAGCAGCAGCAGGACGUGAGUGAGUUCACCCACAGGCUGCUGGACUGGCUGGAAGAUGCUUUCCAGGUCCAGGAGGAGCGGGAGGGAGAGAAGCUGAAGAACCCGCUGGUGGAGCUCUUCUACGGGCAGUUCUUGGCACUGGGGGUGCUUGAAGGGAAGAGGUUCGAGAACACGGAGAUGUUCGGCCAGUACCCCCUCCAGGUGAACGGGUUCAAGGACCUGCACGAGUGCCUGGAGGCGGCCACCAUCGAGGGCGAGAUCGAGACCCUGCACUCCGGGAAUUCUGGGAAAUCCGGGCAAGAGCGCUGGUUCACUGAGCUCCCGUCCGUGCUGACCUUUGAACUCUCCAGGUUUCAGUUCAACCAGGCGAUGGGGCGGCCGGAGAAGAUCCACAGCAAGCUGGAGUUCCCCUCCGUUCUGUACAUGGACAGGUAUAUGCACAGGAACAGGGAGGCGACCCAGCUGAAGCGGGCCGAGAUGCGGAAGCUGCGGGAGCACCUGACCUUCCUGCAGCAGCAGCUGGAGAGGUACCUGAGCUAUGGCUCGGGCCCCAAGAGGCUGCCCCUGGUCCACGUCCUGCAGUACGCCAUGGAGUUCGCCUCCACCAAAUCCGGCCUCCCCCCCUCCGAGGAGGAGGAUCCUCGCACGGCAGCGCCCUCCGGUGGCACGAACGCGCCGCCGCCGCAGCCGACGCCGAGCGCCCCCCCGCAGGACGCGCCCACGCCCACGCACCCCGCCCCGCGCCACAUCACGCCGGAGGAGAUGCAGGUGCUGGAGGACUGCCUGCGCCGCUGGAGGACCGAGGUGGAGACCGACAUCCAGGAGCUGCAGGGGCGUGUCGCCAGCACACACGGAAGCAUGGAGCGGGUCAUCUCAGACGCGGCCAUGAUGCAGGUCCCGUACCGGCUGCACGCGGUGCUGGUGCACGAAGGCCAGGCCUGCACCGGGCACUACUGGGCCUACAUCUACAGCGCCCAGCACCACUGCUGGAUGCGCUACAACGACAUCGCCGUCACCGCCGCCUCCUGGGAGGAGCUCGCCCAGGAGUCCUACGGCGGGCACCGCAACGCCAGCGCGUACUGCCUGAUGUACGUCAGCACCGCCGCCCCCUGCAGGCCGCAAGAGGAAGUGGACGAGGAGACGGGGCAGGCAUGGAAUGUUCUGGACAGACUGCCGCCGGACCUGAGGGCGUACGUGACCGAGGACAACCAGCUGUUCGAGAAAGAGCUGGAGGAGUGGGACGCCACUCACAGCCAGCAGGCCAAUCAGGGGACGCCCCAGCCUGGGAGCACAGAGCCGAGCCCCGCCCAGAGCACAGUUCCCCAGGAGGCCCCAGAUUCGGUGGAUGCGUCCCCCACGGCGGGCGCGCUGGAUGCCUGGAGGGAGGACGUGGAAAGGGCGCUGUCCCAGGCCGCCAGCGAGGACCCGGAGCGGACCCCCGAGGCCCUGCUCUCCGCCGCGAUCAAAGCAGAGUACGCCCGAUUGGUGAAGCUGGCCCAGAAGAACCACGCGCCCGAGAACGACUACCGGCUCCGGCACCCCGUGGUCUACUUCCUCCAGAACCAGGCGCCGAAGAAGGUUCUGGAAAGGACUGUGUUCCAGCAGUUUGCCGGGUGCAGCCACGGGACAGACGACCGGCUGAAGGCUGCUGCUAUGCUGGCCGUUGAGAAAGUCAACCUCAUGAAAGCCGACGAAGCGGAAACGGACGAGUAUGAGAUGUGGCACCAGGAUUAUGAGAAGUUCAUAACGGGGACCAUAUUUCUGCUCACGGGCGUGGAGUUGUUCCAGAAGAAGAGCUACACGGACGCCCUGGUGUACCUCGUAUUUUCCUCCCAGUGGAACAAAGAGCUGCUGUCGAAGGGUCCUUACGGAGGCCAGAGCCAGGAAGUGCUGGCCUAUUACAGGCGAGUCUGCCUUCUGAGGCUGAACGAGCGGGCGGCGACGCUCUUCGGCACGGGCGACGAGGCGGCCGUCAGCUCCGGCAUGGCCAUCCUCACUCAGCUGGUGGUGCCCUGCCUGCCUCUCCUCCUCGCUGACCACACCCAGGAGGACGACCUGGUCACUGUGGAGGCCGUGAGGAACCGCUGGUGCUCCUACCUGGACCAGGAGAUGGAACCCACCCUCCUGGAGAAGCUGACGGACGUCCUCCCGAGGCUCCUCGACUGCUCCGGGGAGGUCUGCAGCUUCGAGGACCCGCCCAAAGUCCCGCCCUGGUCCAGCUGGGACCUGUGCGACCGCUUCAGACGGCUCAUAGCCUCCCUGAGACGCACGUCCGCCAGCGAGACAUGAGCCGUGUGGGACUAGCCCCUCCCCUUUUUCUUGAAGGAUGAAAGAGCUUUUUGGAUUUGUGUUUUUGUUUAAUCAAUUGCUCCGUGUGCAGGAUUGAGUUCUCCGUCCGGACGACCGCGGUGAACCCGGGAGCUUUACCGCAUGUGCUAUGUCUGUCCGUCCUGUUUUAUUUUUUUCUGUGGCCUGUAAAUAAAGCUCUAUUUUUUGCCAUUUUUGGCCCGACAG